CUCAUAAAGCCAGUGUUGUCUCAAUGAAGCACCAUGAAACCUUCAAGCUGGCCUCUGUCUGAAACACCCAGCAUCCUCUCGGCCCUGGGAUUUCUGUCUAUACGGUGUGUGUGAUUCAGGUUCGCUCGAAGGCUACAGCUAUAAACGUGUAACCAUGACAACUGUGCUCUGAUUGGCUCUGCCGGCACGGGAAUUAACGAGAGCGUCAUCCAAUGUGAGCGCAGGGUGCGCGUGGCGCUGGCAAAACCUCGUGAUAACGCAGGCACAGUGAUGCGAAAGUGGCGGCGUGAGACGAGCCCGGAGGAAAUGACUGGACCCAAAACAAAGCAUGAGCGAGGGAUAAAAUAUUAGAAAUUAACACGUGUGUAUAAUGAUGUUUUAACAGUUGCGCGCGCGAGAGGAAAACAUGCCCGGUUUGUCCAUUACGCAGUCCAUCAGCUGGCGCGGCUGAAUUCUCUUCUCUCCUCUGGAUUGUGGAUUGUGACAAGUGGCAGGACAGCGAGCAGACAGGAGCAGGACUACAACACUUCCCGGGGAUUGUCACUCCGCCGCCUGUGAACGGGAGGUUCCUCCACUUUUCGCCUGACAGAACACCCUCCCGGAGCCAAGACGUUGUUCCGCGUAGACCCGGGUUGCCCCAGUCCGAGCAGCGCAGUCCGUAGGUCGGCACUCGGCGCCCUGCAGGCCGGAGACAUGAUGGUCCACUGUGCCGGGUGCGAGCGGCCCAUCCUGGACCGGUUCCUCCUCAACGUGCUGGACAGAGCCUGGCACGCCAAGUGCGUCCAGUGCUGCGAGUGCAACUGCAACCUGACCGAGAAGUGCUUCUCCAGGGACGGGAAGCUCUAUUGCAAAAUGGACUUUUUCAGGCGCUUUGGCACUAAAUGCGCGGGCUGUCUGCAGGGAAUCUCGCCAAACGACCUGGUGCGCAAAGCCCGCAGCAAGGUGUUCCACCUCAACUGCUUCACCUGCAUGGUGUGCAACAAGCAGCUGUCCACGGGAGAGGAGCUCUACGUCAUCGACGAGAACAAGUUCGUGUGCAAGGAAGAUUACUCGAGCUCCGGGGUCAUUAAUGAAGUCAACUUGAACUCAGUGUCGUCGUGUACAGAUAGGAGUUUAUCGCCGGAUCUGCAGGACCCGAUACAGGACGACAUAAAGGAGACGGACAAUUCCACGUCCUCAGAUAAGGAAACGAACAAUAUUGAGAACGAGGAGCAGAACUCUGGGACCAAGCGGCGGGGGCCCCGGACCACCAUCAAGGCCAAGCAGCUGGAGACGUUAAAGGCCGCGUUCGUCGCCACGCCGAAACCGACCCGGCACAUCCGGGAACAGCUGGCCCAGGAAACGGGACUAAACAUGCGAGUCAUCCAGGUGUGGUUCCAGAACAGAAGAUCCAAAGAGCGACGAAUGAAGCAGCUGAGUGCUCUGGGGGCCCGGCGGCACGCCUUCUUCAGGGGCCCGAGGAGGAUGAGGCCCCUGGGAGGCAGGCUGGAGGAUCCUGACAUUUUAGGACCUGGGGCCUACGGCUACUACGGAGAAUACCAAGGUGACUAUUAUGGACCAGCGAGUAACUACGACUUCUUCCCCCACGGCCCUCCAUCCUCGCAGGCUCAGUCUCCAGCCGAGUCCCUCUACGUCCUGGGCUCUGGACCCGGAGCCAUGGAGGGAUCGGGGCACCACCCGUCAGACGACCAAAGGUUCACGGACAUGAUCUCCCACGCGGAAACCCCCAGUCCGGAGCCGGGCUUACCGAGCUCCCUGCAGCCUGUCCCGGGGGAGGCUUACGGGGGCGGACCCAGUCCUCCUUUCUCCUUGGCUAGUAACUCCAGCUACAGCGCUCCGAUGUCCCACCAAGGCCAGGAGAUGGGGGAAACCACAGCCUGGUAAAGGACAAACCACAGGGACCAUUCCUAGGCUGAAUGUCAGCCUAGUUCAUUCAGGAGAUGAAUAAAAUAAAACACACAUUGUGGAGUGAAAAAUACAGCUGACAUUUUUAUGGAGGACUUUUUAAAAUCACGGACUGAUUUUCACAAUAAUUGACGAACUGAAGGAACUGGAAUCAAGAAUGGGACAGGCUGCUGGAAAAAGUAAUAUUUGCUGCCCCGUAGACUCUCCAAAGCAUAUCCCUUCCUGGAUUACUGGACUUGAAUUAUUUAAAAAAAAACUAAAAAAAACGACAAGAAUUUGCGAUUCCACCCAGCAAAAAUGCUUCUCACCUUUCCCUUGAUAUUAACGAAGGUAUCUUCUAAAGCUCUACGAGCACAUUAGAGAGAAAUGCCAAUGGUUCUCUUCCUUUCUCACCACAUUGGUUUGUUUUUGUUAUAUUGUUGCUUUAAAACAUUCAGUUUUUUUUUCUUUCUGUUCAUUGUUAAGUUGCCGCUCUAUCCUCAAACUUAAAAAGACAAAGGAACAGGUUUUAAUACACGCUUCAAUGUUCAUUUACAAACACGUAUGUGGCAAUUGAGACACAAUUAGUCAAAACCGUCGCUUUAAACAUUCUUCUCAGUAAGACCUGUCAAAUCAAAGGCUGCUUCUUCAUAGAAAAUGCACACACACACACACACACACACACACACACACACAGACACACACACACACACACACACACACGCACACACGCGCACAACUCUGACAUUGACAACUCACACAUCUCAGCUUUGAGUCCAUUAAUGUAAAAAAAGUAUUCUUGACCAUAGCUCAAAAGAAGGAUGUCUAUACUAUUAUUCAAAACACGGACACAAUUAUGCAGACACUUGUACUCACUCAAGCACAUGCAUAUACUCACACACACACACACACACACACACACACACACACACACACAACCACCAACACACCCCACAACACACAACACAAACAACACACACACACCACACAAACACACAAACACAGGGCCGAUAGUUCUGCUAAGCAGACUGCUUCACCUGACCUUCCUUUUGUUACUGUCCUUUAAAAAAAACAUGUUUUAAUGGAAAUGAUUUUCAAAAGAACAUUGAACCCAUAAUGGAGAAUCUACCUUCAACAGCUGAGGUCUCCUUUCUCUAAAGAGAGAAAACAAAAGAGGGGGCAGACAACAUCUGUGACAUUGCCUCUGUCGGCUCUGAAGCACUCAUUGCCAUCUAGUGGCCUUAAGACACACUGAAUUAAAAAUCAGCUGUGUGUUUGGGAACGUCUCUGUGCCGAAGAGGACACAUUCAUGUUGUUUUUCCUCUAAAUACUGACAAUAAAUACUUCUGCAGCUUCAAGUUUCAUCAGGGCCUCAAUUGGAAAAGGCAGCCUUUGUGGAACUACAUUAAAAGAAACACAAAUAUGUUUACCUCUACUUAUUAUAACGCUUCUGAAAGGUUAGCUGAUAUUAUUCAAAACAACCCCCCCCCCCAUAACUCUUUUAAAUCCAUCUCGUCUUUCAGCUCUUGUUUUCGUCACACACAACAACGUCUUAAGCUAAACUCAUCCAACACUUGUAAUGCUGUUUGUCCACAACAUUUAUUAUCUCUACUUGAAAUAUUGUUUUGAGAUUAUUAUUUUGUUUCUUUUUGGACAUUGUAUAAGAUCUAGAGAGAGUGUGUCUUAUUUCUGAUGUAUUGAGAUAUUCUUGGAUACAAAAGCGUGUGUGUGUGUGUGUGUGUGUGUGUGUGUGUGUGUGUGUGUGUGUGCGUGGUUGUGUGUGCGCGUGCGCGUGUGUGUUGCUUGAGCGCUUGGGGAUGUGUGUAUGCGUGCUCAUGUGCGUGCGUGUGUGUGCAUUUAAAUGGGGGGAAAUGGGCAAGGCUGUAUUAUUUCUAUGUAAAUAGCACUGGUAAUAAAACCUUCUCUUACAACUUGAA